AUGGCGCCAACUGAUCAAGUACACGGAGGCGGCUAUCUCGCUCGCACUAUUCUAAACUGGUCCGCAGAUGAGACAGUGACGGCCAUACGCGAGGGGCGUGUCACUGCCCGUCGCUAUAUUACCACUGUUCUCGAGCAGGCCAAGCACGGUGCCUCGCUCAAUGCCAUCGUGACGCUGCUCCGAGACGAGGCUCUCGAGGCCGCCGACGAGGUUGAUGCAGCCAUUGCCCGCGGCGCCGAGCUGCCGCCUCUUGCCGGCCUGGCCAUUGUCGCCAAAGACAAUAUCAAUCUGGAAAAUGUACCCACGACGGCUGGAACCCCGGCGCUGCGCCAUUCCAAGCCCAACAAUACCGCGCCAAGCCUGCGCAAGCUCAUGACCGCCGGCGCCAUUGUCAUUGGCAAGGCCAAUAUGCAUGAGCUCGCCUUUGGCGUCACCAGCACAAAUUUUGCUUCUUUUGCUCUGCCUGUGCACAAUCCGUAUGCGGUCAACAUGAUUCCCGGCGGCUCGUCUGGCGGCACCGCCGCGGCCAUUUCGUCCCAUGUGGUCCCUUGUGGGCUGGGCACGGACACGGGCGGCUCUGCCCGCAUUCCGGCCGCCCUCACCGGCAUUGUCGGCUUUCGCCCCUCGCUCGGCGACGGUGGCUCCGAGAAACGCUAUCAAGACGACCAUGCCGUCGUGCCCAUCAGCCACACGCGCGACACGGUCGGCACAAUGGGUCGGACUGUCGCCGACGUGACUCUUCUCGAUUCCAUCAUUGCAGGCGAAGCUCGUCCCGAGGCCGCUGAUAUCGCUGGUGUCCGAUUUGGCGUGCCACCUGUAUUAUGGAGUGGGCUCGACAGGAAUCUGGAAAAAGUCGUCUUGAAAGCGCGCCAGCUGCUCGAGCAAGCCGGUGCCGUCAUGGUGGAUGCUGACAUGCCCGACCUCAUUGCUCUCGAUAACAAAAUCUCUCUCCCCCUCGCCCUGCACGAACCACGAACGGACAUUCCUGCAUAUUUGAGAGCGUCGGGCAUCAAAGACGUCACAUUUGACGACAUUGCCCGACGUGUUGCCAGCCCAGAUGUCCGGAAGUUGUUCACGAUGGUCACGGACGACGUGCUUGGUGGCCAAUACAAUGAAGCCGUCACCGUGCAUCGUCCAGCGCUGCAACGCAUGUACGCCGACUACUUUAUCAGGGCCAACGUGUCUGCCAUUCUCUUUCCCACGACGCCGCUGCCCGCUACACCCAUCGACCACUGGCACGGCUCGGGCAACGUCUCCAUCAACGGCGGGCCGCCACAGGACACAUUUGCCACCUACAUCAGCUUCACCUCGCCCGGUAGCGACGCCGGCAUCCCAGGGCUGAGCAUCCCAGCCGGCCUCACGAGCAAGGGCCUGCCCGUGGGCAUCGAAAUCGACGGGCCUCUCGGCAGCGACGCCCGUUUGCUGGCUCUGGGCCUGGCCAUGGAAAAGAUUCUGGGUCGCCUGCCGCCUCCUAAAAGGUUCGCCUCACCCCAUGAGCAUCAUGACUCGGUGUUGUAA